ACAGGAGAGGAUUCAGAGAGAGAAAGACCUAGUGAACUAGUCAGUAACAACACGCCUGCCCCUCAGGCAGAGGAAAAAGUAAGAGGUGAAAGAAGAACGAGAGAGUUGAUUAUCUAGAAAGGGUGCAUAGCUUCUCAGUGACUGUGGUGGGAUUGUGUGUUUGGGAGCCCGAACGUUUGGAUUCAGUCUGGAUGGGAAUUCCUGCUGUGCUUGUCAGAUGGGGAUUAUUCCAUGAACGGCUGGAUCUCGUUACUGAUAGCUGAUGGCGAUGACAGCCCUGUUCCGAAUGUGGGGCCAUAAACCUCAAGAGGUCCAGACCAAACCUCAGACGCCAGUGCCCCAUCUGCCCAGCGAGGAUGAUGAUGAUGAUGACAACGAGACAUUGUCCGGGAGAGCUCCGAUACGGAAUUCACGGUUUUACCGCUCAAUGAGAAAGAAAAAGUUGUCUUCGUCUUCAGAAAAACAAGAAAGCCCCACCUCCUCUCCUAAACCAGCAGUGGACCCCGCCUCCUACAAUAGACUCAGCCCCUCUGCAGCGAAUCGACUUACCCCCUCUCCCAGAACACAUCAUCCACCUUCUCGUUCUGGAAUCUCGUUGCCGAGCAACGGGAUUACUGUUCUGGGAGGAGUUCGCUCUCGGUCUCCGUUGGCGACACCGGGAGGUUGGCUGCGUAGACAAGAAAUGGAAGAGCUGAGUGAACGGACGACAAGUGCCUGCACUAUGCAGGACAAUGACAUUCACACCACUGCCGACCCGGACAACAUCACACUCCGGCUGGUGAGGAAUGGUGACAGUCCGCAGAAGAUGGCAGUAGAGAAUUCCUGCCGCAAUCUCAACAUUGUGAAGAGUGUCGAUGUUUUGUAUCAAGAGUACCGUGACACCUCUAAGCAGCAGGAGAUCGAGCAGCGUCGACAGAGAGAUGGGCUUCCGACUGCAGGGUCAGGGGUCACGGCUGCGCCUGCAUUGCAGCUGCAGCUGAGGAACAGCAUGCAUUCACUGAGCCUCUGGCAAAACCUGGAGGCUGUGAAAGACAGUGGACUACUGAAGACACUAGAGCCAAAGGAGACCAUACUGCAGGAGGCCAUGUUUGAACUGGUGACCUCUGAGGCGUCAUACUACAAAAGCCUGGAGCUGCUGGAGACCCACUUUCUGCGAAACCCUCUGCUUGUCAACACCUUGAGUCAGUCUGACAUGCACUUCCUGUUCUCCAACAUUGAGGACAUCAUGAAGGCAAGCGAGAGACAAGAAAAUGCUAUUUUCCGAGAGAAUAUAUCCAUUUUGGAGAAUCAGCCGAAAGUGAAGGGCCUCUCGUUUACCUCCUUCCUCAUCCUCCCUUUCCAGCGAAUCACACGACUCAAACUACUUGUUCAGAAUAUUCUGAAGAAGGUGGAGGAAAAUUCAGAGAGCGAAAAGACUGCAAUAUUAGCUCAUCAAGAGUUGGAAAGGAUUGUGAAGGAGUGCAAUGAAGGAUCAGUGCCGGUGAUUUCUCACUCUCGCUGGCUCCUGAAGAAGGGUGAGGUGCAGCAGAUGUCCGGGCCCAAGAGCACCAGGACCAUGCGCAGCCGCAAGCUCUACCACCCCAUCUACCUGUUCCUGUUCAAUAAUCUGCUGCUCAUCACCAAACGCAGCUCCAGUGGAGAGAAGUACCAGGUUCUGGACUCCUGCAGUCGCUCCAUGCUGAGGACUGAAGACCUGGAGGAUCAGGGUCAAAUGCUGGCCUGUGCGUUUGUGCUGAAACUGCUGGAGAACCAGGAGGACAGAGAAGUCAGCUACAUGCUCAAGACCGAAAGCAUAAGCGAUAAACUGCGCUGGAUAUACACUUUGACUCCAAACCGCCGUACGAGAUUCCUCUCGACCAGCACUCACCAACCAGAUUCUGCACAGGUUCAGUGUAUCCAGUCGUACUCCUCUCAGGAACCUGAUGAGCUCUCUGUAGAAAUGGCUGAUGUACUGCACAUUCUGGAGUGUACCGAUGAUGGCUGGAUGUUGGGUGAAAGGUUGCAUGACGGCGAGCGAGGCUGGUUCCCCAUCCGCGUGGUGGAGAGGAUCAAGAGCGCAGAAGUUCGGGCUCAGAACCUUAAAGAGUGUCAGCGGAUCCAGCAGGCUCAGGAAGGAGCGCAGGGGUUCAGAGCUGCCUCCAGGGGGCGCCGCCCAGCCAAAAGCCCCCAAUACACUCCCACCUGGACCGACCUGUAGAUAAAGAACAAGAAAUGACAUCGCAUAACCACCACAAUCAUCCUACGUUCUCCUAAUUCCUGACCCGGUAACCCGGAAGCGGCGCCCCCUAGAUGUCGCAGCGGACCGAUAGUCAUUCUGUGUCCAGUGUUUUAUUGAAUACGUGUCCGGCGUCACACUGAGGACUCGACAGGGUCGUGGAAGAGCUCUUGCACUAUAAGCACUUGUGUUUUUUAAUCGAUGCUUCCAUACAGUCCUAACACGCUGUUAGCAUGAAGGAUUUCAACUUUUGCAAUCACACACGGGGACCACUUUUCUGACGCAUAUGAGGUGAAGGAAAAUAAACGCUUCAUCAGGACUUUUGUAAAGUCGUAAUGCUUCUCUGGAAAAGGAAUGUAUUAAUGUGCAUGGUCACACCUUACUGACAUUACAGGUUUGUGUUUUUAAACUAACCUCUGAGGACAAAGAGGAUGUACUGUACCGUAUGGAGCUCGUCCUCCUCCCAUCCACAUGAAGAACAAAAUGAAAAUAAGAGAGAAAAUGAACAAAGUUAAUCAAAUGCACAUAUAUGGCAUUUAGAAUGCGAUUUUUUGGGGAACAUGGAGGUAAAAAAUGCAGAUGAAGAACACUGCGGCGUUUUUUUGCACGUGCUGCAUGAAAGUGUAUGAACAAUCACAUACACAUUAAACAAUGUUUUCCUACACAAACACACUACACACAAGAGAGUAAUGUUGUUAAACCAGUCUAACAACUGUGUCCUAACCAGAUACAUGGUAACUUUCCAACAACAAGCCAUUUGUCCAUACUAAAAGCGAAAAUGCUCAAUGAUGAGCCGUAAUGAAGUUUAAUAUUAACUAAUCACAUUUUUGAAUCACCUGUUUGUUUGGAUGCACAAACAAUUUAUAUAUAUAUAUAUUUUUUUUUAUAGAUUUGGGUCCAUAAGUACACGUAAAAUAUAUAAAUAUAGCAAAUAUAAGAUGCAAUUGCAUUACUAAGAAAUAGCUUCUAACAAGAUGGCUGAUGUGAACUGACUUUAAGGGAGAUUCACCCCAAAAUUUAAAAAAAAUUUUUCCCUCAUGUUGUUCCAAACCUACAAUAUUUUCUUUUGUGAACCACAGGAGAUUUUUUUUUUUUGUGGAUAAUUUUUUUUCAUAGGUUUUUAGGUCAAAAACAUCCAUUUACAAAGAAUAGAUGCUUUUGUCAUUUUAUUAGUUGAAUCUGGUUUGGACACGGUUUAACAAUCUUUUCCAAGAGAAUGUAACUUCCAUGAGAGAUGAGUCUUGCUGCUCGGCUGGAGUUGGUGUUUGUAUCGUUGUGUGCAUGUUCAUAUGAAGACCUCUCAUGUUCAAACGUGGUAAAGAGUCGUUGCCAAAUAAUUGUCCUAUUUCAUUUUGUAAAAAGAUAAUUUAUUGUUAAUGAAAAUAAAUCUUGAAUGUUGAGAUCUUGUCGUCUCCGUCUCACCUCAUCUAAUAAAUGACAAACCCCCCGCUUUCUGUAA